AUGCGUAGCUAUAUCGUUGCAGCACUAGUGGCUCUCGCUACAGCUCGCUCGAGCGAUGAGCAUCCAGGACAUCGUCUUUAUGAGUCCAAGAAUGCUACACAUCCUGGCAAUGCUACAUGCAUCUCAGACACCGACGCAUCCCUCAUCGCCACGAGUUUUGGCCUGACAAUUUCAAACUACACCGAAGCUCUCGCAGUCCAACUCUUUACCACAAACUUUACAGAUCAAUCAGAUAGUGUCAAUACUUUGAUUCAUGAGCCAGGAUUGCAACCUCAAGAUCUUGGUCCCUUGACCUUUACCUCCAAAGCAGAUUUCCUCGCUGGCCAAGGAGCUCAACCGCCUGUUCCCUUUGAGAUUCUCGAUUUGUGGCAUACUUGCGAUACUGUGAUCUUGCGUUGGUUGUCUGCGCAAACACCUUAUUCGGUUCAGGGUAUCAGUAUCGCUAGUGUAGUUCAUGCAGUUGAAGGUCAAGGAGGUGGCUUUGGUGUAGGGACUCAAAAGUGGCAGAUUUCGAGGAUUGUCGCAGAGUUCAACUCUGGUGCUUGGUUGGGUAAUAUUGGGUAUCCGGAGUGUGCGGUAGUUGCUAAUGCGACAAGGUGA